CACAGAGCAGCAAACGGAAGUUGAAGGAACUAUGAAUGUCAAACUGUAGCAUGGUGGUCUGUGUUGUCUAGUAACCUACAGAAAAACAUGUCGGGGUGUAGUUUAUUUAGGAUAGCCACGCUAACAAAAUGCAUCACAGCCGACGCUACAACGUCGCUGUGCAGGACGAAGGUCUUCAACAGAAUACAGACGUGUGGAUAUGCUAAGAAAGUUGCGACCAAAGGGAAAGGGAAAGGUAUGGCGAAAGAUGAGUCAAAAGGCCCAGAGGUGUGUCGAGACCCCGUCAGACUUACUUCUUAUGCAGUAGGGGUCAACAUCCUCAAACAAGGAGACGACCCCCAACUGAAGCCCCCUGAUCAAUAUCCAGAGUGGUUGUUCCAGUUGAACCUGGGAAUGCCCAAAAAGCUGCCGGAGCUGGAGUCGGACACAUGGGAAUACUGGAAGCGUCUGAGGAAGGAGAACAUUUGGCGUUUCAACAAACUACAUAAAGGGAAGAAGUUUUAGGCCUUCACUGGACUGACGGAGGGCUUCUUCCCAAAGGUCGGGUUGCUUCAGACUCGGGGGACUGAAUUACCUGACAUGCUGUAUAUUCAGAGUUACACAAGAUAUUCAGUGGCCUUCUGGUAAUAAUACCUGAAAGCUCAUGUUGGUCAUGUUAAAAGAAGAUACAGCCAGAAUAAAGCCUCAACAAUGAAACCGUCUCCACGAAAACUGAAAAAAAUUGUAAAGAUCAUGUGAUAUGAUGGAAAGCUCUCACUUAGUGGUGAGAUUAUUUUGUCAAUUUCAUAAAUUUAGUUUUAUUUGGUUCAGGGUUACUGCAUCGAACUGAAUUAGUUUGUAAAUGUUUAAUCUUUCCUUCUGUUUUUGUCUUAUAUCUGGAGGAAAAUGGCCUGCUCAUAUUUCCACAAAUCCUGUUCCCUGUUUUUUCUUUUCUUUUUUUUUUUGCAAACUCAUCAAGAGAUGUAAGUAAAUGUCCUGCAAAGUUUGCUUUUCCAUUCUUUCUUCAAACUACAUUAUAAUAUGAAUAUGGUAGCUGCCAUUCUAAUAAUAAAGCACCCUUCAUAAGUGUA